AUGGAAAAGAUAAAAGCAGAGAUAGAAAGGCCCCUCAAAAGCAAGUUUAUACAAACUGUAAGGUAUGUUGAAUGGUUGGCCAAUACUGUGCCAAUAAUUAAGAAAAAUGGGUCUUUACGAGUAUGCAUUGACUUUAGAGAUCUAAAUGCUGCUACCCCCAAAGACGAGUAUGCCAUGCCCAUAGCAGAAAUGUUGGUCGAUUAUGCCACUGGUUUUGAAUAUUUAAGUAUGUUAGAUGGUUGUUCUAGAUAUAACCAAAUUUUUAUUGCAGAAGAAGAUGUGUCGAAGACGGCGUUUGGAUGCCCAGGAGCUUUAGGUACAUAUGAGUGGGUUGUCAUGCCAUUUGGCCUGAAAAACGCCGGAGCGACAUAUCAGAGGGCAGGUGAUUUCCUUGGCUUUGUGGUGCAUAAAAAAGCUUUUUCACCACUUCUGCGACUAAAGAAUGAGGAUUUUAAGUGGAAAAAGGAGCACCAAGAGGCUUUUGACAGAAUUAAGGAGUAUUUGACUAAGCCUCCAGUACUGGCCCCUCCUGUUAGGAAUAGGCCAAUGAGGUUGUAUAUUACAACUUCAGAAUCAACUAUAGGAAGUAUGUUAGUCCAAGAGGAUGGAAAAAGUGUCGAAAGACUUGUGUAUUACCUUAGUCGAAUGCUUAAUGAUCCUAAAACUAGUCGAAUUGGUAAAUGGGCUUUGGCGUUAACUAAGUAUUCUCUGACGUACGUGCCUUUAAAAGCGAUGAAAGGGCAAGUGGUGGCAGAUUUCCUUGUUGACCAUUCAAUGGUCGAAAUGGCUCAAAAUUAUGUAGACAUAGUGCCAUGGAGAUUGUACUUUGACGGUUCAAGACAUAAGAAUGGAUUUGGGAUGGGGGGAGUCAUAAUUUCUCCAAAUGGAAUUCCAGUAGAGUUCAAAUACAUAAUUGAAGGAGUAUGCACAAACAAUGAAGCAAAAUAUGAAGCAUUGAUCACAGAACUUGAACUUCUGCUGGAAUUGGGGGCAAGGAAUGUCGAAAUUAUGGGAGGUUCUGAGUUAGUAAUUAAACAGGUGUCAAAAGAAUACAAACUACUCAAGAGGUUUGAGCAAGUAAGCCUCCUGCAUAUACCACGAAAACAGAACCAGAGAGCAAACGAUUUGGCGCAAGAAGCUUCAGGGUACAAAGCGUCAAAAGACCAGGAUGAAGAAGAGGUUCAGGUAAGAGAGAAGGUACAAGCGACAUUGUUAUCACCAUCAGAUUUGUCGAUUAUAAAGUCAGGAGUUGUAGAUAGAUAUCAUUUUGAAAUUCUGAUCGUCAACGACGAGGGAGAAAAUGAUUGGCAUAAACCGUUAGUCGAUUAUUUACAUAAUCCUAUAGGGUCGACAGAUCAAAAGAUAAAAUAUAGGGCCCUCAGCUAUGUCCUGGUGAAUGAUGAAUUGUUCAAACAGACAGCUGAAGGAGUUUUUCUAAAAUGUCUAGGAGAAAGUGAGGCAUAUGUCGUUAUGUCGAGUGUACAUAGUGGAGCGUGUGGGGCACAUCAAGCGGGACUGAAGAUGAAAUGGCUUUUGAUGUGCUCGGGAGUUUAUUUGCCUGAAAUGUUGAAAGAUUGCACUGAAUUUGCUAAAAGUUGUCAGGAAUGCCAAUUGCAUGGGGGCAUACAUCAUGUGCCUGCGAGCGAGUUGCAUACAAUUGUGAAGCCCUGGCCUUUUCGAGGGUGGGCAUUGGAUGUUAUUGGAGAAAUAAAACCAGCUUCGUCGAAACAACAAAGGUAUAUUUUAGUCGGUAUUGACUAUUUCACAAAAUGGGUCGAAGCUGUAGCAUUGAUAAAUGUGGAUCAAGAGGCUGUGAUAGACUUUGUCCAAAGUCACAUCAUAUGCAGAUUUGGUAUCCCAGAAAAAAUUACAACCGACCAAGGGUCAGUUUUAACUGGUCGAAAGAUACAAGAUUUUACAAAAGAGAUGGGAAUCAAAUUAUUGACUUCUACCCCUUAUUACGCAGAAGUAAAUGGCCAGGUCGAAGCGGCCAAUAAAGUGAUCAUUAGUCUAAUAAAGAAACAUGUAAGCAAGAAGCCAAGAAAUUGA